AUGGGAAGCUGUUGUGGGACUUGGCAUUCAGCUUCGAAGUCGCCAGUAAAGAACAGCAACGGUAACUCCCAAGGGCGGAAAGCAAGUAGUAGCCGGGCAUUCCGUUUUUCUUUGUUAUCGAAACAUGUUAAGAAGAGUAAAAAAGACUCGGGAAAAUUGUGCUCUACAAAUAGUGAUGAAUUUGGUCAUUGUAAUGGCACGAGCGCUUGUAAUGCAAAAACAAGCAAUUUAGAGCAGUUUAAUAACGGUGUAUCCUCUAAUGAACUGCGACGCUCAUCAUCAAUAGGGAGUGAUUCCUUAGUCUCGUUUGGACAGCCUUCACGCUCUCGCGCGCCGCGGCUUUUAGAGGAAGACUCGAUCGAUACAUUUCAAGUUUCCUAUUCUACAAUCAGCCCUCCUAACUUUGAUGACACUCCGACUGUCAACGUCAGUCAGCCCACACAAAGCGGCUUGAUGACAGAUUUUAGCCAGAGACAACAGCCGUGGCACUCCCGCAACGUAUCCGACCUCACUAGCGAGUGCGACUACACGCACAACGUCGAGUUGAUAACGCCCUUCAGUAAUCGAGCGAGCGCAUCGUACAGGGAACCCGAGUGGCAGACCGCAAAUGCUGAGGUUAAUCGUAAACAACGAUUUAUUGACUUUAUUUCAACAACCCCUAACGCGUUCCUCGCCCAUUUCUAUACGGAACGGGCAAUGAUGACGCAUGCUUUUAUUCUUGAACACUUAGAGCUGAUGAUCGCCAUCUUAGAAAAGGAAGAAUAUCUCGAACGGAAUCAUAUACGUACUUUGUGUAAUAUAGAGUUUACCAUUCUAGCUCAUCAGAUCCCAUCGCUGACGCAAAUGAUCAACACUCGAAAGGGAAUACACCAACAAUUGUCCUUGGCAACGUCUAGGGAUGCCAGGCAACUUGUCGCCAUCGAUCCGGAUUCCAUGGAAUUCAGCUCGAGCAAUUUAUCCUGCGAAGAGAACAUACCGCUGCGCAAGGGCAAUUUCCGGGUAUCGCAGCUGGAACGGGCCAACUCCGCCCCAAACGGCUUGCGGAGCUUACGGAAUGUCAUCACCACUGGGGGGGCCACCGAGGAGGUCGGCUAUCACAUCAAAGAUAGGGAUAUUCGCCGCAUGGCGACCGCGCUCCCCCUAGGAUUAAGAGAUCUAAGACAAACAACGAGUUUUGGCAGCUACGAUGUGCGCAUCUGCCAGCAGUGUCUUUCCCCCAAUUUACAACCCGUCUCAGCCCUUUCUAGCGUGAGAACUUUAGGAUGGAAGAACACCAAUGACUCUCUGAGUUCUGCUUAA